AUGCUUUGGGAGGCUGCGACCUGGUUCUCGGUGUGCUAUGUAUACCUCAUUGAGAAUGUCGUCAAACCGCUCCUCAAGGGAGAGCCUGACCAAAAAGCUAUCGACGGCCAGUCUGAAAAGUUCCAUAGGGGAGCGGGAAUCAUGAACGAUCAACUUGACAAGACGAAGUGGCUGACUGGUCCCAAUGCCACACUUGCUGACAUUGCGGUUGCGGCGCCCAUGCAUUUGCACGCCGCUUCAAAGUUACCUCUUGAAAAAUAUCCUAGUGUCAAGCGGUGGCUGGGUCAGGUGGAGCAAUUGGAAAGUUGGAAGAAGACACAAGUUGCGGUAGACAAAGCUCUGCUUCCCGACGGUACGCCGAUGAACGGAAGUAAUGGGGCCAGCGGCAACGGUCAACCUGAAGUACGUGCCACUGUGAACUACACCAAAGCCGUUGACGGAAUCACCGAGCUCUACUUCUACGAGACCGAGAAAGCUAAGAACAUCCACGAACCAGGUGACGCUCCGGUAGAAGUCAGUAUGUCAAAUGGCUGGCCACAUGCCAAAGACUUCCACAUCGACGAGAAUGGCUUCUCGGUCCACUCUCUCAAAACUUCGCAUUCUGACUGGGAAGAUGAGGAAGCAGUGCGUUCAACCUUCUAUCCCAAAGUAGUUUCGUUCCUCAAAGCUACCUUGGACGCAAAGCGUGUUCUUGUUUUUGACCAUGCCAUCCGCACCGAAAAGAACACCCAAAAAGCACUCACCGAUGGAGAAAAACACCACUCAGCGCUCUCCCGUAAUGCUCGUUCACUGCGAUUACACCGCUGA